CCCGCGGGGAGGCGGGCGGAGCGCUUCCCGGUGAAUCAUCGCCGGCAGCCGCAGUCCCGCUGCCCAGCUCCGGCCCGGCCGCGCCCCUGCCGCGCGCAGCACCGACACCGACUCCCCCGUGCGCCUCGAUCGCGCGCAGCGGACACCAUGGCGGGCAUCGCGGCCAAGCUGGCCCGGGACCGGGAGGCGGCCGAGGGGCUGGGCUCGCACGAGAGGGCCGUCAAGUACCUCAACCAGGACUACGAGGCGCUGCGGGACGAGUGCCUGCAGGCCGGGGUGCUCUUCCAGGACCCCUCCUUCCCCGCCGUCCCGGCCGCCCUGGGUUUCAAGGAGCUGGGGCCCUACUCCAGCAAGACGCAGGGCAUCGUGUGGAAGCGGCCCACGGAGAUCUGCGAUGACCCCCAGUUUAUUGUUGGAGGAGCCACCCGCACGGACAUCUGCCAAGGAGCCUUGGGUGACUGCUGGCUGUUGGCAGCCAUCGCCUCCCUCACCUUGAACGAAGAAGUUCUAGCGCGAGUCGUCCCCUUAAACCAGAGCUUCCAGGAAAACUACGCCGGGAUCUUCCACUUCCAGUUCUGGCAGUACGGCGAGUGGGUGGAGGUGGUGGUGGACGACAGGCUGCCCACCAAGAACGGGGAGCUGCUGUUCGUGCACUCGGCAGAGGGCAGCGAGUUCUGGAGCGCGCUGCUGGAGAAGGCCUACGCCAAGAUCAACGGGUGCUACGAAGCGCUCUCAGGGGGCGCCACCACCGAGGGCUUCGAGGACUUCACGGGCGGCAUCGCCGAGUGGUACGAGCUGAGGAAGGCCCCGGCCAACCUGUUCAAGAUCAUCCAGAAGGCUCUGCAGAAAGGCUCUCUGCUGGGCUGCUCCAUCGAUAUCACCAGCAUUGCGGACUCCGAGGCCAUCACGCACCAGAAGCUGGUGAAGGGGCACGCGUACUCGGUCACCGGAGCCGAGGAGGUGGAAAGCCGAGGAAGCCUGGAGAAGCUGAUCCGCAUCCGGAACCCCUGGGGAGAGGUGGAGUGGACCGGGAAGUGGAAUGACAACUGCCCGAACUGGAACACCGUGGACCCAGAGGUGCGGGAAAGGCUGACCCGACGGCACGAAGACGGAGAAUUCUGGAUGUCUUUCAGCGACUUCCUGAGGCAGUACUCCCGCCUGGAGAUCUGCAACCUGACUCCCGACACGCUCACGGCCGACAGCUACAAGAAGUGGAAACUCACCAAGAUGGAUGGGAACUGGAGGCGGGGCUCCACCGCGGGAGGCUGCCGGAACUACCCCAACACCUUCUGGAUGAACCCGCAGUACCUCAUCAAGCUGGAGGAGGAGGAUGAGGACCAGGAGGACGGCGAGCGCGGCUGCACCUUCCUGGUGGGGCUCAUCCAGAAGCACCGGCGGCGGCAGCGCAGGAUGGGCGAGGACAUGCACACCAUCGGCUUCGGCAUCUACGAGGUUCCCGAGGAGUUGGCCGGACAGACCAACAUCCAUCUGAGCAAGAAGUUCUUCCUGACGACCCGGGCGCGGGAGCGGUCGGACACCUACAUCAACCUGCGGGAGGUGCUCAACCGCUUCAAGCUGCCGCCGGGCGAGUACGUGGUGGUGCCGUCCACCUUCGAGCCCAACAAGGACGGGGACUUCUGCCUGCGGGUCUUCUCCGAGAAGAAAGCCGACUACCAGGUGGUCGACGACGAGAUCGAGGGUGACCUUGAAGAGCUCGAUGUCAGCGAGGACGACAUCGACGACGGGUUCAGAAGGCUGUUCGCCCAGCUGGCCGGGGAGGAUGCGGAGAUCUCGGCCUUCGAGCUGCAGACCAUCCUGAGAAGAGUUCUCGCCAAGCGCCAAGAUAUAAAGUCGGAUGGCUUCAGCCUGGAGACCUGCAAGAUCAUGGUUGACAUGCUGGAUUCCGACGGCAGCGGCAAGCUGGGCCUGAAGGAGUUCUACGUUCUCUGGACGAAGAUUCAAAAGUACCAAAAAAUUUACCGGGAAAUCGACGUGGACAGGUCUGGCACCAUGAACUCCUAUGAGAUGCGGAAAGCCUUAGAAGAAGCAGGUUUCAAGCUGCCCUGCCAGCUCCACCAGGUCAUCGUGGCUCGCUUCGCCGACGACGACCUCAUCAUCGACUUCGAUAACUUUGUCCGCUGCUUGAUUCGCCUGGAGACGCUGUUCAGGAUAUUUAAGCAGCUGGACCCCGAGAACACAGGAACCAUACAGCUCGACCUGAUCUCUUGGCUCUGUUUCUCAGUACUUUGAAGUCGUACAUAAAUUUGCCUGAAGACUCCUCGUGAAAGAAAACCAGCCACGGACUAAGCUUUCACAGAGAAACUUUUAUCCGGACCUCGAUUACGGGAACAUUUACUUAAACCGAUGAUUAUAGCCGAACAUAACGAUACCAUUUGAGAUAGGAAAAGAUUUGCAUAUCGUUAGACUAAAUGCAA